CAAAUGUAUAUUCCAUUAGCCAGAAUACUAUCUAAGAAGCAGGUAUUGUGUUUUUUAUUCACUAUAUUAGCUAUCAUAAGAUCGAGGGUCAAUAAUACUACAAUUCAACAAAAAUUUAUUAAGAACCCUACUACAAGUAAUGUAUUGUGCUAGGCAAGGAGGAUUCACAAACAACAACAAAAAUUAAACAUUCCCUGCUCUCAAGAAGCUUUCAUUUUAUGGGGGGACGAGGGUAGAUACAACAUAUGAAGAGAAAUAAUUUCAUGAUAAUUUGAAGAGAAGAAAGAAUUAAUAUUGAGGUAUUAGAAAAAAGCACCAAAAGUGGUACUUGACUUGAGCCCUGUAGAAGCCAUUCAUUUUUUAAAGCGACUUAUUGAUUGAAUGAUUAUAGGGAGCUAGGGAAUCUAAGAAGAGACAAUAAGAGAAGAUGCGUUAGGAGACAAUAGAAGAUGUAUUAUGGUCCAUACCUGUAGUUGGUCCUAUAGGACCUGGUCCUAUAGCCUAAAUGAGGUUCUAUGAAGUAGAAAUCUUCUCUGAAAUGAAAUUCUCACCUUGUUGCUUUGGGACUAGCUUUUGGGACCAUGAUUUAUUUAGGAAAUCAGGAACUAACUGUCUGGAAGGUAUUCUAUACUUUCUUCCCAUUUCAAAGAAUUCAAUUGGUUCCCUAGCAGUACAGAGGUACUUGGUAUUUUUAGUAUGGAAUGAGGAAGUACCUGGGGGUGAAAGAGGUGAAGUCCUUGAAAGACUGAAUGGAAGUAAAUAAGAAACCUCAAAUGGACUUUGGGGAGUGACUUUGAAUCCCACAGACUAAGCCAAAGAAAAUCUUUUGCUUGGCUCAGUCAUGGGAUUCAACCUUGCUAGCCCCUUCUAGGGUUGCUGGAUGAUUGCCUAGUUUGUGUAGAAAUAAAAAGAAGCCCCAUCCUAAAGUUUCCCUAGAACAAAGUUCAAAGGUUGGGAGGAUGGGGAGCCAGUGUUAGGAGCAGCAGGGCUUAUUCUUUAAUAGUUCUAAAUAAGUCUGUUUGUCUGAAUUCACUACACUAUCAAAUUUUUUUCUGGGAUUUUUUGGGUUUUUUUAAAACAAGAAACAAGUCUAGGGUUACUUUCAAUUGAGCUGACUGCUAAAUAUUUUAGUCACGUCUCUUCCUGGUUUAAAAAAAAAAAAAAAAAAGCUUCCCACCCUUUUAAGGUGUUGGCUUGGCUUGUGAUUUAGUUCCGUAUGAAGACAAACCAUUAGGAGCAAGUCGGCCUGCAAUCAGUAAAGGUGCUGGAGGAGUUCUAGCUGCCUAGGGAGACAGGCACAGUGACAGCCACUGCCAAAGUCAGGUAAUGAGGCUCACAGGCACUGCUGGCAAAACCUUCUCUUUGCUCAAGUUAGUCCCUCUUCCGUGGCUGGAAAUCUUGCAGCUCCCACCUCAGGGCUGUUUUGUUCUCAGAUUUUUUUUUUUCAGAUUUGGGAGGUAAAACAAAAGUAGGGUGUUUUGUUUUGGGAUAUCCUUACCAAGACUACUGAUUGAUCACCUGUGCUGGAAUCAUUUUUGGUAGAUAUGAUAGCUUCCCCAGAACAUCUGUUGCUGUGAAAGGAACUCCAGAGACAGGAAUAUACAACCCAUCAUUAAACAGUGAAUCAUCAAAUAAAGUAUUUCCCUCAAAGCCUGUAAGAAUGAGGGAAGGAAGUGGUCUGUCUCCAUGGGAAGCUUCCCAGCUAGAGAAUGAAUUCUUUAAUGUUUUAGAUGACUUGGACAACAAAUUAGCUCAGGAACAAGCCUUAAGUUCAGCAAAUACAAGAACACCAAUCCACUGUGGACUCAGAACACAGAUCCGUCCUUUUUACACCACUGGGAGCAGAAAUGGUAGUCUCAUGGUGGGACAUAGGAAUAACUAUGGUGAAACUUCGACUUCAUCCAUCUAUGACAUCCUAAGACCAUCAACUCCUAGAGAAGGUUUUAAAACUUUCUCCUAUAGAACAAAAACUAUUUAUGAUAUAUAUGGUACUAGAGAACACACAGUCUCACAAGAGAAAUAUGUGCACAAGACUUUUGGCAGUUUAUCUCUGUGUUCUGAUAGAAUACAACCCUCAGUCUCUCCUACUUUAGGACAUUUCACAGCAAAUAGUCUAUAUCUGCCAUCCCACACUCAAAGGAAGAGUGUUUUUGUACCAAGGAGCCAUCAGCAAAGUCCAAGAAGAACACCUCUGUCAUCCAUUGUAUGGAACAGGCCACAUUCUCCUGGAGAUAUUCAGGACCAGGAAGAGUUUCCGAGGGCACAGUCCCCAAUGGAAGUUGACCCUAUCCAUCAGGAUACAUAUCCCACCUGGCCUCAAGACAAUAGGAGAUAUGAAUUUUAUCGUUCUAGUAACCCAUACGAAAGCAUUAGGCCACAUGCUCCCAGGAAUAGAGCAACCAGUCCUGAGUCACUUGAGAAUUCUGAAAAUAUGCCCCUCCACCAACACGAAAACAAAUUCUCAAGGUUGUACUACUGGAAGACCGUUGGUCCUAGGGGACUGAAAAAAUUUGGAGGAAGUCCUUUUCAGAGCAAAAAAGAAGAGUCUCCAUCCUUGUUCAACUUUUACCAGAGAAACAAAGAAUUCAUAUCUCCUGACAGAGACUUUGAAAUGAUUUCAACUGAUGUAAAUGAGGGGUCAGCUGUCCAUAAUAAUAACACUUCUGUACCAUAUCACUCUUGGAGGGCAAAUUUCUUCAGAAAUCAAGAAGAGUCAAUUCACAGGGAGUGUAAUUUGCAAACAUGUGUUUCAGAAGACAUGGAAAUCCUAUCACAAGAUAAUAGUAACCAAGCAGUCUUAAACCAAAGAUAUGAACAUUUGCACACACCCUCCAUGGAUACAACAGAAAACAAAUUCUGGACUGUCCCAGAUAUUUACUCCCAGAGUCAAGUGAGACCUGGUAUGCUAGUAACUCAACCGAAGUGGCCGCCAAUGGAAGCAAAUGCCAAUUCAGAACACAACUUACCUCAAACCACUCAGAAUUUGUCAUCCUCAGCCCAGAAUUCCCCACCCUUAAUUCUACAGAAAACAGAAAUCCCUCAAAGUUCUAACAUCCAGAAUACUGCCACUAGACUAUGGGACACCAAAGGGAUUACUCCUGAUGAAUCUGCCUCUCUCCCCUUAAGAAGCCAAAUAGAACUUAUUGAAACCAAUGGUGACUCUGUCUCUGUUGCCAACCAACCAAACACCGGGAUCCCUGAGUUGAAUCCUGAGAAAGAUUUGACAGAAUCUGUGUCAGAAAAAGUGAGGCAAGUAAACGAGGUGAAUGAGACAGGCCAGGCAGACAAAAUGUUACCUGUUGUUUCUCAAUCAAUAAUUACUGAGACUACACCUGAUUAUCAGCAGUGUCUUUCUAAGGACUCAGCCACCUUUUCCAGCAAUAAAUUUGUUUUUAAUGCAUCUGUCUCUAGAUGUUCAAAAAAGUCAACUGGAGUCUUUGGCAGAAGGGAUAUUUCCAAAAUUUACAUAUCAAACAGAGAUAAAGCAAAUGCACUUAAAAAAGAAGAUUCUAUCGUGGAAAGAAAACCAGAUUUAGGAACUUCAUUUCCUUUCUCUCAGGAAAACAGAACAUCAUUAUCUUUUCCCAAACAAAAUCAAAGUUGUCAGCAAGAACCUGGGAUAAACAAUGCUGGCAUAGAAAAGGAAGAAUGGAAACUGGGAACUACCAAUGAUCAAACCCUAGAGUAUCCCAGAGAGUCAUUUCUUUUAGAUUCUGAAGAUAUUAAAUUGAAAAAUGCUCCAGUCCCUCCUGUCAACUGCAUGAAGAUUGCUGAAAAUCAAGUCCUAUCAGACCAUUCCCUACAAUCAUCACCAGAUGAUAGUCAAGGUCCCCCAUCAUCUUUUUCUCCCAAGAGUCCUUCCUUGGCUUCUUUAGUAACUCACUGUGCUACUUCAUUAAAUUCCAUAUGUAAUACGUUAGUAGAAGAGGAAAUGUUCUCAAAAAAGAGUCUUCUGGGAAAAGAUCCAUCUCAAGGGGAAAGUGAAAAAAAUACCUAUUCUGGUAACAAGAAUCAAUACAAUCAAUUGUCACUCAGCUCUUCAGAAAAUCAGGCUACUGGGGAUAUACAAGGACUUGAUCAUCACAAAGUGAAGGAUGCUGAUAAAUGCCAUCCAAACCAUCCUUUCAGUCUUGGGAGAAGAAAGGGGCAAAUAAGGCGCCGGGUAUCAUGUAUUGAGGAGUUAAGCAAAUCAGGAAGUUUCUGGAGACAAGAGAAUAAUGACAGUAGUGACAGAGUCCCUGAUCAGAGCAAUUCCAAGUCUUUUGAGCCCGUCACCAUUUAUUGUACCUUCCCAAGAAAAUUGACCAGUUUUCUAAUAAAUGACAAUAUAAAGUCAGAAAAAAAGAUAAUGUCCACCUCAUUUAGGAAAGGGCCCCCUCCAUUCCAAAUAAAGAACAUGGAAGAUCCACUAGAGAAAUGUUUCUCUAAUAAAAACAAUUCCAUUUCUUCUGAACCAGAUAGGCAAUGCCCUCUGGACUCUUCCCCUUUAAGGCCCACACCUGUAGAGAUGAUGUCAAACAUUAGAAACAUAGCACCUACUACUAGUAGGAAAGGACCCCCUCCAUUUGAAAUCAAAAGGACUCUGUCCAGGCCCUUCAUUACAUGUUCCUCAGGUAGAGUAGACAGAAGAGAUAUAUCUUAUGGCCUAGAGACAGAGCCUUCUAUUCUAACACCAAGGCCUGAGGAGCUGAUCUCUACCACCCAGGAAAACAGCCCAUCAAUUAAAGAUUGUUCUUUACAACUAGCCAAAGAUCUUCCUCGUGCAGAAAGUUUUCAGGUCCACUCUGAAAAUCAGAGUAAAAUAGCUUCUUCCCAGACAGAUAAUUUUGUAAGUACAUUUUCCCUCCCUGAUGAAAAAUAUUCAUCUUUUCCAACAGAUGUAUCAGUAAAGCAAAGUGGAAAACACCUACAUAAAUAUAAGACAACAAGCACAGUUACUGUUUCUGGUGAUGAAGACAAUGUAAAAUGUCUUGAGGUGGUUUCAAUCUAUUACACUUUACCACGGAAAUCCAACAAAAAAUUAUGUGAUCUCCUUAAAAGUGACCCACAAAGUAUAUGUUUCUCCCCAGAAUCAACUACAGUGGGGGAUGCAACAUUGCCUAUUUCUCCGGGAAAGAAGAAACUCAAUUCUUCAAAAUCAUUACCAGGAACACCUAAAUCUCCACAUGCAUCUGUUAGCAGCAUUCAAUGGAGAAAGCAUUCCUUCUCACAUGAUAUUGAAACAGCAUCUGCUUUACAGUCACCACAUAGUCCAUAUACUGGGGCAGAGAAGCCCUCAGCAGAGACAUUACAGGGAAUGGACUUUAGGUUUUCUCAGUUGGUUGAAGGUAUUUCUCUUUGUAAAGAAGAAUUUAAUACUACAAAGAAUGAUUCAGCUAAAACAGUUUUAGAUGAUUUACAAAGCAAAAAUAUGGAUACUUUUUCUUUCAUUCCUGGCCAUCAAAAGGAACAAGAAAAAUGGCAGAAGCACACCAGACAUAUCUCUGACUCACCAACAAUGCUUUGUGAUAAACUCGUUAAAGAAGGAAAACUUGAAAAUUCUGAGAAGUCCAUUAAAGUAUAUGAAAGAGAGAGUCCUGUCAUCCAUAGCCAUUUGGGAGAUGAUGCUAGUGACAGACCUUGCAUAGGAGAAAUCUUAGGGAAACAUGGGCAUCACAUAAACAUUAUGUCUAUUGGAAGUGGAAAUUGUCCUUGUGAAGAAGUUAAUGACAAAAUACAUUCAUUACCUGCAGCUAUAUCCUUCUAUGAUGAUCUGAGAGAAUUACAGCCAGAAGCUGCUAAUGGGAAACUUAAAACAGAUGACCAGAAAAUAAUUGAAAAAACAUAUUCUGCUUUGCAAAGCAAAGAUUUAUCUCUCCCUUCCAACUCUCUCAAACUUCAGCUUGAGGAGUUUUACUGUAAGAGUCAAUCUGACUUAGAAAGAUCAUUGAGGGAACCAAAGGAAAUAUCUCAAGGAAGUGUUGCAGAUAAGGGUUUAAUUUUGUUGGAUAAAGUUGUAGAUGCCCAGGACACAAAGGCUAAAGAGAAAAUGCAGGGGCUGGCAUGUGAUCAAUAUUCACCUCCCAAGAUAGCAAACGAAAUUAAAAAUGAUUUGGGUUGCACCAAAGAAAAAAAUUUAGAAAAAAGGAAAAACAGAACUUCUGUUAAACAGAAACUGGCAGCUUUGUCCAAAGUCAGCAGAAAAUUCUCAACAAAAGAUAUAAGCUCCAGAAAGCACAUUGCUACUAUUUUCCCACAAGAGGAAGUCAAUUCUAAUACCAGUGGUUUAUCUAUUAGUAAACCAGAAAUGUCUCCACUUUCAGAUGACUCCACCCUCAGGAUCCCAGAAUCUACACAGGAAUAUAAGAAAUUAGGUCCUAGGGAAACUGAGAACUUUGCAUUUCAAACAGAUAAAGUAAAUAAGACUGAGGCUCCUCCCCGGCCUUAUUUAGAUUCCACCCAGAAACUUGUUACAUAUGGGAGUGAGCAAAAAACAAAAAUCAACAAUUCCAAACCAAAUAAGAACCAGGUUAAGAAUGUAACCAAAUCACCACUGAGCACCACAAACUCUGAAGAUGAAAUACUAUCAGAAAAAGUCAAAUACCCUCAAACUUUGGGGACAGGAUAUGAAACUAUAGCCCCAUUCAUGCUUUCCAAUGUGAGGAGAGAUUUUUCUGUUCCCAUUAAAAUUUCUGAAGAAAGAAUCCUGCCACCCAGCAAUUUGUCACAGAGAAAAAAAAUUUCACCCCAAGAAUGGGAGCCUGACUCAAAUCUCUAUCGUUCCAAGAGUUUAAAAAACAUAAAUGUACUUAGUAAUCAGCAAGAAAUAAGUCAACCUCAGAAAAUCCGUGAGCGCCAUUUUUCUGCACGUACUUUUUCUGACAAUGCCCAGGACAGAUGGAAACUUGGGAAUGAAGUCCAAAGUGGGGAUGGAAGACGGUUCCGAUCUUUUUCUGAGAUUUCUGGCUGUGAUGAAAAUGACAGCUGGGGUCUGGGAAGUGAUAGGACCAGAGCUCCUGGUCCCAGGUCUACAAGUUCCAUCUCCAGACCAAUUGACUAUGGGAUUUUUGGGAAGGAACAGCAGCUAGCUUUUUUGGAAAAUGUAAAGAGAUCGCUCACAGAAGGGAGGUUGUGGAGGCCAAAUUUCCUUAAGAAUCCUGGUUUCCUAACAAAUGAUGCGAGUCAUCCUUUUAAUAGACCCAAGUCACUAACCUCCAGUUCUCCUGACAGCAAAAUACCAAAAGACGGUUUGUCUCCCAAGGGGCUGCUUAACAUCUAUCAGGAUGAACUUGAGGUGCAUUCAGAAUCUGACACUGAUACUACUACAGAUGAUGAGUACUAUUUGGAUGAAGCCGACAAGGAAUCAGAACUCUAAGGUCUCUUUUCAAUAAAAAGAAAAACUUUUUUUUUUUUUUAAUAGCCAAUUGUUAUUCCCUGGAAUUCAGGUUAAGUGUCUUUGUAAAUAGCAUUUUGGCCAUGAGAACUUGAGACAAAAGUCCUUAUUCCAAAACAAUCUAAUUCCUCAUUUUCCCUACACACUUGGAUUCAGAUAAACAACUCUGGCUUGUUUGGGGGUUUUUUUGCUGCUUAUAGAUAAGACAAAUGUUUCUUCAGGAGAUUUCACACUUCUCUGACUGUCCCCAGUAGGACUUCCAUAGAGGGAGUGUGUCAUUAGAUUAUUUCAUCUUCUCUAUCUUUUCAUCUCCAUUUCAGCUUCUAGUUUCUGCCCCAAAAGAUUAAUAUCACUAAUCAUCUAGCACAGCUCAUGUUCUAUUCUCUUAAUAUUACUUAAAAUGAUAGAAAUUAUAAUGAUAAGCUAUUAUUUCCCUCAUAAAAGAAGAUGAGCAUUUCAUCAUCAUUUGAGGACUUUAUUUUUAUGUUUUGGGGAAGGGGAAAAUAUAAGACUAGGUUCUUUUUUUUUUUAAUUAACCUGAUGUGUUAUUAUAGAGUUGGAGGCUAGAAGAAUGGUAGAAGAUAAAACUGGUGAUUUAUAUAUAAGAAACUGAAUUCAUUUAGAUACAGCAUGCUAGAGCAGGUACUGUACUCAACUUGAAGUCAUGCAGAUCUAUGUUCAAGUCCUGUCCCUGAUUCUAAAUAGGUAUAUAUCCAUGGAGAAGUUAGUCAAUCUCUCUGAGUCUCAAUUUCCCAUUUAUAAAAUGAGUAGUACCCACCUCCCAAAGCUGUUGUGAAACUCAAAUGAAAUAAUGCAUGGGGAAUGAUUUUCAAAUGUUAAAGUUACUGGAGAAAUGCCAAUUAUCACGAAAAGCCACCUAGGAGUGAGUUAACUGAAUGAACCAGGUGAGUUAAUGGAACAGGCCCAGGAUGUGGGCCAGCUAGAUAUGAUGUAUGAUAGUGAAUUAGUUGCAUCAUCUUUGUCUGUGAAAAACACCAUUACUAUAGCACCAUGGCAAGCAGGUAUUUCUAUCCUAAAACUGAUUUAACUUUGCUAUAAUCCCGGUAACUUCUAAAAAGUUUCCUAAUUUGUUUCCAACUUUCCGUAUUUGUGAAAUUAAGACUUCCAAAGGGCCAAAUUUCAGUUCAUAAGUAUUGAGACAGAGCAUUAGCUCUGGAUGGCCAAGGUAAAAAAUAUUGUGGUUAAGAUAUCUUGACAGAUCUAUCUAACAAAGUCUAUCUCUUGUUUCCUUAACCCAAAGUUGUAUUGGUUCCUGUUUAAUAGGAAAUCCUUUCAUCCUGUUUCACAAAUUCCUUUUAUAAUCUGACUGAUAGUAUGAGUUUAUAUUCUGUAUCUGUUUCUCUUUUCUCUGAAAAUAUUUUCCUGUCUUUUUAUUCUCUUAUCUUCAGCUAAUGAUACUUGUUGGUAAAAUACUUAAAGAUUCUAGGAAUGUAUGAUUAUGAGAAGAAAGUGUAUUAUUAUUAAUAUGUCUUCAUCUUCAUCUUGCCUGUAAAUACAGUACAGGCUAUUUGCCUAUUGUAUUCCCAGGAGUCUCAAAUGUAGGAAAAUAGAGCAAUUACCACAAAUUCUAUUCUUAAUUUGAGUCUGAAAUCUAGUGUCCCACUAAAGACUUGAGAACAUAGCUAAACCAUAUUGUUUUAAGUACAGAGUAAAACACCAAAACUUUAAGUGUUACUAGAACACGAAGCUGAACAUAUAUUUAUUAAAAUUCAUGUUUUUUCAGUUGUCCUUUUUCUGCCCUACUCCUGCUCAUUUUCUUGUUACAAAUCCAUAUAGAACAUUAAGAAUAGAUUUUCGAAAUGCAAAAGAAGCCUAAUACUCUAAAGUUGAAAAACAAGUCUUCUGUGCCUUGCAAAUUCUAUCACUACAAAUGAGGCUAUAUCUUUGUCACACCACAUGAAAUGAAGUUAUGAAUUUUGAAGUCUAAAGUGUAACCAAAGUAGUAGAUUUGGGGAUUAACAGUUAUUCUUGGGCCUGAAUUCUUUGCAUUGGCCAUCUAUGGUUUAAAUCUUGCCAUAAGCUAGUUUUCAACUUUAUUAUUUACUGUUAAACCUGAUUCAGAAGUCACAAAAACAGAUUUAUAGAAGGUACUAUUCUCCUUCUCUCUUUGUAUUUUAUAUAAAAUACUUCGUUAAAGAAGUGUAGUUAUUUUAUAUGUAUUUUAACAUACAAAUUGCUGCUCUUUUAAAAUAUGAUCCUUUUUGGUGUAUAUAAUUUAUAUUAGUCCUUUUUAUAUUCCAAACUUGUUUUCUAAGAAAUAUUCCAUGUCAAAAUAAUACCUAUGUACAGAUGGACCAAUCAAAAGGGAACACUAAUAUGCACAGUUAUAAAACAAUUAUUUUAUGUACGUGGACAAUGGACUCUUGGAGUCAUAAGUCAUAGAGCAUAUAGCUGAUUUAAUUCAGGCUUUAUUUGAUCACAUUUUAGAGAAACUACUUUAAAUGGAUCAUUCAGUAUUAUGAGGCUAUUGGUGGUUAAUAAAC